AGUGUAACCACGUGACCCCUUCAGUGCGAGCCUGCUGUUUGUUCAGCCAGAGAGGCAGAGAAGAAAAAUGGCGGCUCUAGGCGAACCCAAACGGGACGCCGGGCUAACGUUUUGAGCUUUCGCACCCUCUGAAACAGCGGGGCUUCUCGGAAUUGUUACAUCGUCUGAAUCCCUUAUGUUUCAGCUUUGUUAGUGCCGUUUUCGCUCGCGUCGGUGCAUGCUUAAUAACCGCAAAAAUUGGGGCAGUAAAAUAAUAGCUUUCGUUUAUCAUGAGAGGGAAGAGGGGCAGGCCGCCCAAACCGCUACAAGCCGAGGAGCCGUCCCCAGCUUCGACCCGGGGCUUGCGACCGAGGAGGAAUCUGAAGCCGAGACCGAGGGACAGCGGGGAUGAGGACGUGGAGAGCCCUACGAGAGAGACCACCAAGUCCUCCCGAAAGAGGAAGCGGGGAUCCGUCACGUCAACACGGGGACGGGGACGAGGCAGAGGUGGCGGCGGUGGCAGAGGAGGCAGAGGGGGUCGCGGAGGACGGCGGACGGCUGCGUACAAAGCAGUGGUGUACGACGACCACGAGAGCGACGAGGAGGACGAUGCUGUCAGCUUCAAGUCAGAGGAGGAUGAGUAUGUCGAGGAGGAACCUCAGUCUGAGGAAGAUGAGGCCCUCAAAGAGGACUCGGACUGCCUUGAAGAUGAGAUACUGGACGGGGAGGAGGAGGAUGAGGAUGAUGCGAGCUACUGUACAGAGAGUAGCUUUAGGAGUCAGAGCACACACGCCAGCACUCCGGGUAAAUAAACACCUAUCAAAUACAGACUCUCAUCAUAGAGCACAUAAAAUGCAUCCAAAAAAAUGUAGAUGAUGCUGCAGGUGAUAGUUUUUGAUCAGCAUAUGAAGCAGUGAGGUUAUUGUUCAAAAUGGAGAAUGCACACUGUAUGAGCACAGGCCGCAGUCAUUAAUACUACUGCAGGUGGACUCAAACUACAGCUCAACUACAAGCUUACCAACUUAUCUGAUUUAAGCAUUACUAAACGACUCAUUCAUACUCCAAGAAUCACUCAUUAAUUACUUUAUUCAGCAUAUUCAGUAACAUAAAAGUAAGCAGCAGCUGCUAGCGUGCUACUGUUAGCACAUAAAAUGAGCAUGCUGCCUACUGUCAUCCUUAUACAGUAAGAUAACACUACCCUACUGCAGGUUUUCGUCUUUUUAUCUUUACAUAGCGUUCAUUUUAUACCCCUUUUUCUACCAAUUUUCUCAUUAAAAGCUCCUCGUCAAAGUUGAUUUUAAACCCGCUUGCUAACUCACUUAGCUCCGUUAGCAUGCCUGUAAUUUGCAUCACUGACAGCUUUCAAAUACAGUAAAUCCUACUAUUCAGAAGUAUAAAAAAUCAACAAAAACUGAGCUAAUGCGUCUGUAAAGCUGCAGCAGAAAACACAGGGCUCAAAUGUUCUGUCAAAUGUGUACACAUUGACCGCAUUAGCCAGUUUGACAGCUAAUGUUUUGUAGAAUGCAGGAAGCCUCAUUUAGCUAAUGACACUAGCCAUGUGUUCAGCCGGCUCGGCAUUAGAAGCACACCCACAAGUUCAGCUGCUGGUGUGAAUCUAGACUCCACAGCUUGGCUUUUUCACACUGUGGAUUAGGGCUGCACAACAAAUAUAUUAAAAUAGCAUAAGGACCAUUCUCUGUAAAAAUAAUAAUGAUAAUAAUAAUAAGACAUCUUUUAAAAUGCAAUAAGCCAACCACAGCUUAACUGGUGAUAAUUUACUGAUGAAAACAAUGAUUUUGGGAUGUAUGUUAUGUUCAAGAGGAACAUGUUGCAAACACAGGCUUAGAUAAAAAAAAAUUGAAAAUGCAGAACAAUAAUAGAAAGUGAGUUUUUUAUACUAAUAUGGACUCAUAUUUGUUUAUUUACCUCAGUUCUUCUUGAUUUCACAAUAUUCAGUGUUAUUGCUGAGCAUGUAUUCCAUCAUGUAGGCCUAGUGUUGGAUCAGCAGGUAAAAUUCUGGACCAAGUGUGGUAAAAAUAACAUAAAAAAGAACAGACUCAAAACCAAAACAUAGAUAAGAAUGAAAUUGACAAUAUUUGAUAUAAAUAUACACCCAUAUAAAUAAACCACGUUUAUAUGGUUUGAUCUGUGACAUCUUUUCAGUUCUGUAAUACAAACUGCUGGGAAAAAUUAUUAUUAUUGUCACUUUUUCUGGUAUCAUGCAGCUCUGUUUACAGCAUGAUAUGAUGAAAAAUUCUCUUUGUUACCUUUUUUUUAAUCUAUAAAUUUGAGGAAAUGGUAAGUAAUGCCUCACUUUAAAUUAGUUUAAUUUUAACAUUUACAAAGCUGAAUAUUGAAGAUGAAAGCUUAAAUUUGACGCAUACAGCUGACUGAAGAGCUGAAAGAUAUAUCAAAAAGUGGUGGACAAAGUACAUAACUUAAUGAAUCUAGUCAAGAGUAUAAGUAGUUCUGGUCAAGUUCUAAUUUCUCCAAUACAGAUAAGUUACACAAUCAAAUAUUUCUUAAGAAGAAUUACUGGAGUACUUGCUUGAAAUUGUACUUUUACAAUUAACACUUGCUUUCUUCUGCAGCUUUUGGAUCAAAGUGGUCUUUUUUUAGGAGUAGGACAAAAUAUCAAACUGUGAUAGGACGCUUCUUACCAUUUCUUCCACACUGUUUGUUUUUUUUUUUUUUUAAAUCUUUUUAGAAGCAUUUCAUGCCCUGCAGUAAAUCAGGUUUUGUUAGGUAUCAUGGUACGAUCACAGAUUAUCAACAUUGCAGCUUCACUGUAGCACUACUUUUGUUGUGGGUGAUGUUUUCCUGCCACUACUCUUGCAACUGUUUGCUGAAAUUGUUUGUUUAUCUUACAGGGAGGAAGAAAGGACGACCCAGACCUCGCACUCCCAUCCUUGAGGAGAAGGAGAUCCCUCCUCUUCACCUUCCUGACUCCUCUGAGGACCUGCUGGUGUCCAAUGAGGAAGCGCUCAAUGUCACCUCCAUCUACGAGGUGCUAAGGAACUUCAGUACUGUUCUGCGCCUCUCUCCCUUCCGCUUUGAGGACUUCUGCGCUGCACUUGUAGGCCAGGAGCAGUGCACUUUAAUAGCAGAGACUCAUAUUGCCCUUCUGAAGGCCAUCCUGCGUGAGGAGGACUCCUCAAACACUACCUUUGGUCCUGCUGAUCUCAAGGACAGCGUCAACUCCACUCUGUACUUUAUUGACGGCAUGACGUGGCCUGAGGUGCUGCGGGCGUACUGUGAGAGCGACCGGGAGUACCAUCACGUCCUGCCAUAUCAGGAGUCCGAAGAGUAUCCGUACAGCCCACUUGAAAGUAAGAUCAAGGUGCUGCAGUUUUUGGUGGACCAGUUUCUCACUACAAACAUUGCCCGUGAGGAGCUGAUGUCAGACGGCAGCAUGCAGUACGACGACCACUGCCGCGUCUGUCACCGUCUGGGGGACCUGCUGUGCUGUGAGACGUGCUCAGCGGUCUACCACCUGGAGUGUGUGAAACCGCCCCUGGAGGUGGUUCCAGAGGACGAGUGGCAGUGUGAGAUCUGCGUGGCACACAAAGUGCCCGGGGUCUCAGACUGUGUGUCAGAGGUACAGAAGAAUAGGCCUUACAUCCGCCAGGAGCCCAUCGGAUACGACCGCCACCAGAGGAAAUACUGGUUCCUAAACAGAAGGAUUAUUGUGUAAGUUCGGACCCUCGCUGUCUUUAUCUUUUACCUGAACUAACUUUGAGUCUGUGGUAACAUCUGCAUGUAACAGAUUUCAGAGAAUAACCAAGUGAGGAUGUAUUUUGUUAUGUGGAUUGAACCUCACAGAACCUGUUGAACCUUGUCUUAAAAAAGGGAUCUCUAAAACUCUUCUGUGCUAUCUGGACAUGUGUGCAGAAUAAGGCGAUAUGAUGUGAAUACAGGAUGUAAAUUAAUCUCGUCCAGAUAUGAUCUGAUCAGGUUUCACCAUCAGUUAAAGACAAAAAUAAGCCCCAAAAUGUUCAAAAUCAUCAUAAAACUGCUUCUAGUUGAUUUGAUCUCCCCGAAAAGGUGGUUCCAUUUGACUUCAUCUGUCUGCACACUAUAUCUGUCUCUGUUUCUCUGUGUCUCUGUGUGUGUGUUGUUUUGAGCUGAAAUUUGAAACAGCUGGAGAAUGAAACUGUAAGCCUCCAGAAAAGAAAUCUCUUGGCAUAUAGAAGAGCCAUGCAACACAAGACCUCUUUCUUUCUCUUCUGCUAGAGAUGCUUCUUCUAGACGCCUCCUCGCCCUCACUUAAGUGUAUAUUUAACAGAUAACAAGAUGAAUGAACGUUGCCGUCUGAUAGAAUCCGAUUGAUCCCCUGACAUUGAAUUAGAUUUGCUCGGACUGAACCAUUUUAGGAUUUAAAGAAUAAUGAUAAUAGGUGAGCGCACUGCUCAAGUCAUAGUUUAAGGUGCUAAGAGUAUUGGAUGUCAAGACUAAAUGUGGCCACAGUUUCAGGUCGUGGGGUACAGAAGUGUUGGAGUAAUUCCAGGAUGAGACUACAGGGCGCUCUGAACAGAUUGUUCAUAAACUCUUGCGGGGACUAGCGCCAGCCACACAAGAUUUACCCAAAAUCACAUCAAGAAUUUGCAAAUCUCAUAAAAGCAGCUAAAAAAAGAUGACUCUUUCCUGACUGAUAUUGGUUUUUAGAGCCAAUACUAAUACCAGAAACUAGUAGUUGAUGAGCUCUAAAACUGAUAUUGGGAAUCGAUUUGUAUUGACAGUAAAACUGAAAAACAUUCUGUCAGAACUUAGAAUGAGGAACAUAAAACUUUGCUUAAAUGCCUUUAGCAAAUGUUUAACAUCACACACAAGAGUUGACCUGUUACACUGACAGCACAGUUGUGUCAUGUGGCAUCCAGCCUAUCAGACAGUGAUGUGGGCGAUACACAGUGGUGCAAGAAAACAGGCACAAAAGGAAAGACAGGUAGAAUAGAUUUUAUAAGACAUCAGUAGAAUAUAAGGCAGGUACAGAUAAUCGACCCAAUGCCAAGUAUCAUAUAUCAUGUUAGUCGGUUAGUCAUGUCUGAUUAUUGUUCCAAACCUACUUCCAAACUUCCAGGUCAGAUUUGAGGUCCAGAUACAGAUGGCCAUCAGCUUUUAAAGCAAACUAACAUCAGUUCACUUAGUUUUCUCAACUUUGUGGCGUGACAACAGUGGAGGAGAGUGCAGCUGCUAAAAUUAAGCAUUUCAGAGAGAGGCUGAAAUGAGGGUUUUUAAAAGCACCAGUCUGAAGAUGUGAACCACUUUUGAGUUUUAAAUCCUUAAUGGAGUGUUCAGAGCGACAGAACGUCACCACUAUUUGAGGAAUUAUCGUGUCUGUCUGAGCUCUUUUGUGUCUAAGAGUCUGGUACUUUCUUGUACUGAACUGUGAAGCACAAAGAGAAUAAUAAGAAGUAGAUGAGUGUUCCUUAGUGAAAACUUUCUUUGCUGCUACGACGUGAUCAUCUUUAUUUUCUCAGAAAUGGCUGAUAUGCAGAUCAUACAGCACUUCUGAAUGAACCAUUCUCCUUUUUUGUCGAUUCCUCGCAUCCCAAACUAAAUUACACAGAUGGCUUCUACAGUUUUCUCCAAAAAUAACAAGCUACUACCCACAAACUACUCCACAAUCACAGCAAGAUCAUUUCACUAAGAUAGAUAAGGUGUUGUCUCAUUACUUCAACUGCGUGUUUGCAGUCUGAGUCUGAUCAUUUUGUUGUCGUACCUGAGAGUCUCUGUCGUUCUGUCUCUGCAGUGAGGAGGACGGGGAGCAGGAGAAGAAAAAGAUCUGGUACUACAGCACCAAGGUGCAGCUGGAGGAGCUAAUGGAGUGCCUUGAUAAGGAAUACUGGGAGAUGGACCUCUGCGCCACUCUGGAGGAGAUGAAGGAGGAGGUGCAGACUCACAUGGACAUAACCGAGGACCUAACCAACAAAGCCCGCGCCAACAAUAAAGCCUACCUCACUGCUGUCAACGGUACGGAUUUCAGAUUGACUAAUUCACCCACACAGAAAAUACUUUUGAUUCAUUUUUAGAUGUUUUAUGUUGAGAAAUAUCAGCAUACAGCACAAUAUAGAGAUGGAUGAUAUUGCUAGUUUGGCAGCUGUGAACAAACCUCAUAUUACACCUUUCAUUAUGUCAGUCAGGGACACCUACGGAGAGUGGCUUUGUGGAUUUGCUGCUUCAAAAACUCCUUAUUCAUCUUGUACUAGCACUUUUCAGCUGCUGCUUCGUUUUGACCGCUUUUCCAUUGAGACACAGUUUGUGGGUGUUACUUUUUACACAGCAUUGUGGUCAUGAACUCCCCCAAAGUUAUGCCUUUGCAGGAAGUAUCUACUUUAUCUAUUGUCAGAUAAGCUGCUGGUUUGCUUCUUACAGCUUGUGGUUCUGAGCUUCCAGUGACUCUGUGUUCACACCUGUUGCAAAAUAAAACAGUUAACUGAGACUUUUAAGUCUCAACUUGCUUGAUCUGCGCAAAUGACUCACUUCCUGUGGGAUGUGUGAGAUGAAGGUAUGUCAUUGUAGACAGAUGACACCAGGGAAUCUCCAUGGUGAUUGGAUAAGAGCAAGAGCAGCAGAGUGUAAUGAACGGAAGUGUAAUGACCGAAUUUCCCCUGGGGUUAAAUAAAGUAAUCUGAUAUUCUGAGAACUUCUAAUUAUUGUAUUUAAUUAUUUUGUAAAUGACUAACGUUAAUGAUUUUAUUGACAUUUGGUGUUAACACAACAGAACAAUUAAGACGCUAAUCCAGAUCUUGCUUGCCUUUGUUUACAAGGAAGUCAUUAGUGAAGUGGGGGGCACGAACAGCUACGUUUUAGUUCUGAAAAGACCAAAAAAAAAACUUCCAUUGUGUUUUAAGGUGCUGUUAAAGAGCUGUGGCUUUUCCUUACAACCACAACAACACAUAUAAGCAGCUCGGAUCAACAAAGUGAUCUUGUCAACAAAGUGGGCCUGUUUUUGACAACUUGAUAGCAUCGUCCCAUCAUGUCUCAAAUUGAGGGAACCUUGAAGACAAUAAUGCAUCUUUUGUUAUGGAACUUUGCUGUGGUUUAAGAUGGACAUCCAGCACUGUAGUAGGACUUAAGAGGUGUGUACAUGUGUGUGCGUUUCUAUGUGUGACAUUCAGAUAAACUAUAGUACGCCCCAUCAUGCAGCAGUGCUCUGACAACUGACACAUAAAUACAAACGGCUGCCUUUUCCUCCCCUCUUCUGUGUGACAACAGGCAAACUGUUUUCCUCCAAAACGACGAGGUGGUUAAGAGGCUUUUCCUCACUAAGGCUGCCUUUUCUCUAUCUGUGUGACUGGCAGCCAUAUAUAACCACUUUCCUGUGUUUGUCACUAAACUGCCUCAUGUCACUUCUCAGAAAAAGACAGUGGGGUUCUGUGUCUCUUUGUGGAUCUGCCUCUGGUGGUCUGUCAGAAACUGGAUGUUGAAAUAGUUGGCUCAGAAUGGAACAAAAGGUGUUUUUUGUGAAGCAGAUGCAGUGUGUGUUUUUCUCCCCCCUCAAUCAUCAGUGAUUUAUGGAUGUUGUUGGUGUUUUUCUUCUGCUGCUGCAGUACAGUUCCUCCUGCACCUUCCUUUUCUUUCUCAAAGCUGGUUUGACACCUCUGUCCCUGUGAAAACUGCAGUUAUGAAACAUGUUUCUCUGGAGGUUUUUCUCUGCAGGUUGGCGCUGUGAGGGAUGAGAUUCUUCUGUGUCUCUGAUCUGUGGGGAUGGAAAGAGCUGCUUUGGAGUUGUGACUAAAUAAUCUCUCAUCUCAGACCACAUUUACUCUUCUUACAGGAUGUCUUUGUACAGCUUUUAAAAAAAGACACUGCGAAUCAUUUAGAUCCUAGAUUGACUGAAAAUAGUCUAAUAACAACAUAUCCAACUUAUCAAAACAGACACAUUUGUCUUGUAUAGAUUAAUGCCUGUGCUCUAUUAAAAUGUGACACCAUCAGCAUCUUCUAAAAAAAGUUGGUAAAAGAAUAACAACAUUUUUAAAGGAUGUUUGAUGCCAAAAACAAGAACCUAACUGACGAGGUAUGAAAAGGGUAUUUUAGAGAAGCUGAGUCUCUUAGAAGUAAAGAUGAGAACCACUCUGUGAGAGACUACAUUGGCUAAACAGUUGAUCAGUUUCAGGAUGAUUUUUCUUAGAGUAAAAAUUUAAAAGUUUUAGAUGUUCUAUCGAAUAAAGUUGGGGGAAAAAUGCCUAAAAAUCCAACUUAAAAAAAAAGAGAGUGGAAAAACUUCCCUUUUUAAAAUUUUUGGCAUUGAAAUAAUUUUUUUUUUUUUUUUAACUUCAAGGAUGUCCUCAAAAAAGCUGUCUCUCAAAUUUGGCACAUUUUUUUCCCCCUUUUGUUUGUAGAAAUGGUCACAGAGCGAUUGAAGAUCCGGCGGGAGGAGAGGGAUGCAAAGAGGCAGGCGCCAGAAGAAACGAAGCGAGACGCAGACCCGAGUUCUGUGAAAACGGAGGGAGACACUGCAGGGCUGGAAAAAAGAGAACACAAAGACACUGAGCCCACUGAUGAAGCCUGUUCACGAGGUAAAAGUCAACUUAAGAAAGAUUUUAGCCGCUGCAUCCGAGUCCAUUUUGCAUGCUAUUUCUCUCUAAGUAACCUCGAAACAGCAGCUGUAGUUUCCCACAUCUGCAAACAAAAGUGCUGUUUAGUCUCUGCAGCUGUAACCGAACCAAUCCUCUAAACUGACUUGCUGAUCAGUAACAUUUCCACUCUGCUGGUGAUGUUUGCCCCACGUGUGUGCAGUUGCGGCUCCGCCUGCUCCAGAAGAGAGAUCCGUGUCUGAUCCUGACCCUAAGUCGACCCAGGACACAAUCACGCCUUCAACUGAGAAGAGCCCUCAAGCUCACAAGGAAACUCAACCAGCUCAGUCUGGGACUCCAGAGAGCUCAGACUCCCCUCCGUUGGCGGGGCAGGAAAGUACAGGUACUUGAAGAACAAGUCCAGCUAUGUCACCGACCCGUGAAACUCAUCCUUCAUUUCAUACCUGUCGCUUGGCUGCACAUCAUCCCCAUCUGUCUGCUCGUCUUGUAGCAGGUCGCUACUAACGUUACCCUUCAUUUUUUACUCUUCUCUUUUGAUGGAACCGGCUAUCUUUAUUUCUGUCCUUGAACUCUUUAUGUUUUUGGCUCGGUUCCUCUUUCUUUUUAGUGGCAUAGAGGGAAUCCCAGAUAAGUUGUGCUAUCAUUAUUUUUGCCAGUUGGACCUAAAGUGAUGUUUGGAGCUUUAAGAUUAAUGUAAACUGUUCCUGACAAAAUAUAAAGAGUAAGUUCAGUCCAAGCAAAGUUCUGGACAGAAGGAGAUUGACACAAACUGCUCCAAGCUCAGUUGGAGGCACUGCUGUUUUUCUGAUCUGUUCCCAAAUGAAUACGACUGUGAAAAGUUGAUAACACUUAUACCGAUGAUGGAUUAUUAGUUGAGGUGUUUUGUGUUGGCAUGGCACUAACUUCUGCGACCUCUGUGCUUCCCCCCCUGAGUGUAUGUGGCUGCAAACAGGGAGUUGUGUUUCCCUCCUCAGCAUGCUAACAUCGCAUACGUAUUCCCUUGCUGAGAUUUGUGUUUCUAAUCUCACUCUGUGAAGAGGCUGAGGUGGUUUCUCUGCUUUCAUUUGGACAUAAAUUAAGUUUUCAUUUCUCAGAGCAUUUUAACCAAACUAUUGUUGCUGGAGCCACCGAAAUGAGCCUCCUCCUUUUCGAAUCCCCUCUUCUAUCAGGUCUUUCCUUCUUGUUAAGUUGUUUCAGGCCGUUUCUGUCUGAUCUCAUCUGGAUGUACUUAAAGAAUAAACACUAAGCACCUGCUCUUGCAGCUUAAUACUCCUCCUUUUUUUUAUCGGCUGCUGGUCUUGAGUUAAACGUUGCCUCCUUCUCUCCUGGUUGUAAAAAGCACGCUCUUGGCUCAGCAUAAGCCGGUGUCCCUGGCAGCAGCGAGCACGCCAUGUCUGUCACAGUCAGCUCCUUUUUCUCAUUCCAAUUUGUGGGCAUUUGGGUGGGCUCCUGUCGCUCAGACAAAAGACUCUCAGCCUGGCAGCCCCACCUGCUACCUCCUCAACAAAGAGCUGCAUAUACAUGCAGGACUUUCCCUUCUGAUGGCUCACAGACAGAGCUCCUGUCUUUAUCUGGCUCUGCAGCAAAUCAAAUGAACAGCUUGUUUUGGGUUUUCGCACCCAGAAUGGGUCUGGGUAAACAGGCUGAGCCCGACCAAAGGCUUCUGUUUGAACUGUUUGCUGCUUGUAUGCAAAUGUGCUUCCACGUCCAGGUGUUUCCUUCAGCGCGGUCUGCCUGAGCUGAAUUGUUUUCGCUGCGAAUCUCUUCUUGUGUUUCAAAUUCAUGGGCCAGACAUGACUUUUCAAAAAGGCCGGGGGGGAUUUCGCACCAUGUAGAGCAAGAUUCUCAGCUGUCCAUCACCAAGUUAUCUCUGCUAGAAACAAUUCAGUCAUACAAUUAAUGUAAAAAUCAAGAAUAAAUAAUAAUGUCAAAUACAGCAGGACGAUAAACCAAAAAUUUAUCGAUACCGAAAUUUACAACAAUAACCAAUGUCAUUUUACUCAUAUCGAUAUAUUUGGUGUCAAAAAAUAAAUAAAUAAAUAAAAGUUGGUUUUGGAUGUGUGUAAGUAGGCUAUGGUCUCAUGUCCCUUUAAGACGCUGUCCUACGUGACUCCACCCCAUCCAGUCUGUAACAAAGAGGGAAAGACAGGUGAGGAGAUGGAGGACAGUUCAAAAGUUGUAGCAGUUGGAGCGACAGCUGAAGUAGACAAAGUUAAUGUGGGAGGGGCUGAGCAGCUUGUGAAGUAGUUAUUGUCCAUUUAUUGUUAUUGAGGUGAACCGCUCAAUAUAUCGUGAUAUUGAUUUGAGGCCAUAUCACCCAGCCCUAAUAUCAAGCACAUAAACACUUUUAACUCCCUCCUGCCCAUCUCCCACAGGUUUGUUGUACAUACAACAAAUGUAUAAGCUUGAUUCCUCCUUAUAGUGAUGACUGAGGUGAAUCAGGAAAAAACACACAACUACAACUAAAAACAAAUCAAUUCAAUAAUUAUAAUGAAAGCAUUUUGACGAUUUAGAUAUUCUCACAAUAUUAGAGUAUUUCAUUUUUGGGUUUGAGUCGACCGCUUUUCAAACAGAGUGAAUACUGCAUCUCUCAGUCUAGUUCAAAACAUGCAACCACAAUCAUGAAAAGACCGCUGACUCGUCACUUCUCAAGGAGAUCAGGAGCAACCGUGCACAGACAUUUUGAGGAAGGGGAGUACAACCGUCACAGUCCGAAUAUGGAGCCACUCCUGCAACAGAAACAACCCGGGCUAAAAAGUCAUAGAACUGGACUAUUGCUCAGGGGUCCAACUCCUGUUUUCAGAUCAGAGUGAAUUGAGCUUUUAAUUUGGAAACUAGAGCCUCAGAGUCUGGAUGUAUAGUGGAGAGGUGCAGAAUCUAUAGUGUUUGAAACUCAGCAUGAAGUUUCCGCUUUUUGUCAAGCAUGAAUUGCUCUGCCUGAUUCGUCCGGGCUCUGAUAAAAUCUUCAUGAAUGAGUGAAGCCGAUUGUCUGGUGUUGAUAUUUAACGUCCACCUUUGCCCGUGCUUGUUCCACUCUGUCCUCAUACUUGCUUUUACACCAGCACUGAGUCUCUCUUUUUUCCCCACAGGCGAGGAUGCAAAAGCAGAAUCCAGCAGUGAAGACAAGCAGCUUGAAAAGUCUCAGACUCAAACAGCCGAUCAACCACAGCACCAGUCGUCUCAGCCAGUGGGUAGCAGCAGCAGCAGCAGCAGUCAGGUUUCUGGAAACGUCUGGAAAGCAGAGCAGCCCGACUUAACGGAUCCAUCCUCUCGGUCCUCUUUCACCAGCCAGGAUGGGACAGGUAAACACAAGGAAAUCAAACUAAAAGCAGCUUUAAUGAGUUCGAUUUGAUCCUGAGAGUGUUGUCUUCUUUCUUCAUGACAGAGGAGUACAAUGAAAGGGUGAAGGGCAACAGAGGAAGAGCGACAGGACAAGAGUCGAAUCAUCAAACACCAAGAGGCAGCAAAGAGGUGAGGCGUCUAUUAACCACUGUCUCAUAACAAAAACGGUGAUUUUGUAUUGAAUUAAAUAUCUAAAUAAUUCCCUGUCGUGUUUCAGUCCUCUCCUGUGCGCUCUGACGGUGAAGCUUCCCGCCUCAGCUUCAUGAAACGGGACCUGGCGGUGAACCUGAACAACCUCUUCAAACUGGGCCAGGAGGGCAAAUACAGAGUUUACCACAACCAGUUCAGCACCAACGUCCUGGCCCUGAACAAGCAUCAGCACCGCGAGGACCACGACAAGAGACGCCACCUGUCGCACAAGUUCAGCCUGACAACCGCCGCCGAGUUCAAAUGGAACGGCUCCAUUUACGGCUCGCGGAGUCUGACCGUGUCCACCCUGCGCCUCACUAUCAUCCAGCUGGAGACCAACAUCCCUGGACCUUUCAUGCACCCAAACUGGGCGUCGCACAGGUAUGACUCAGAGCCUCUUUAUAUGUAGAGGGGUGUUGGAGAAAUCACAGCUGGUUUUCUGACCUGUAUAACAUCUGCGCUGCAGGGUCUGAUAGAGAUGAAAAUAUAAAACAAAAAAGACGCCGGAGAAAAAAAAUGACUUAAAGUUAUUUAUUAUGAUUUAUGAGAACGUGUAUUUCUCCAAAUUGGAAUCAGUGCUUCAUUAUGGUGAAAAUAAGUUUUUCUCUCUCUGGCCCUACUCUUUUCUCAUCUCAAGUCUUUAUGCAGGAAUGACUUUAACCCUUUUCCGAUCCAGGAUCCUCUUACAUGUACACCCCUUUACUUCAGCUUAAGAAGUUAAGCUGGCUGUUUUUGGGGAAACCGAUGAAGCAUUAUGAUCAUUUCUCUAAAGGAUGCAGCUCAUCUUGGUUCUUCCUUUAAAACCUAAUGGAUCACACACAUCCAUACUUCAUAAUCAGUCAUCUGAUGAACUUCUGCUUCUGUUUUCUCCAGGACGAACUGGAACAAAGCGGUGCAGAUGUGCAGUAAAGCCCGAGAGUUUGCUUUGGCUUUGGCCAUACUGGAGUGUGCCAUCAAACCGGUGGUCACGCUGCCCAUUUGGAGGGAUUCUCUCGGACACACAAGGUAAAGGAAGUGCAAAACCUACUACAUGUACUUUUCAGCAGACUAUCAUCUGUUUGGAAAUAUUCAGAUGAAAUUUGAAGUAGAAAUUCAAAACAGUUGACAUUUAACAGAUCAAAUUUGAACUUCUUGCACCUUCAUGUCUUUGUCCUGGUUUCAGGCUUCACCGUAUGACCUCAAUGGAGCGAGAGGAGAAGGAGAAGGUGAAGAAGCGAGAGAAAAAGUUAGAGGAUGAGGAGACGCUGCAACAGGCCACCUGGGUGAAGUACACCAUCCCCAUCAAGCACCAGGUAAGACCGCAGCCUCCCUCUUCAAUCCUCUUCACCAGCCGUGCUUCAGAUACACUCAUUCCUGCUACUUCUGUUCACGUCCACAAACACAAAGCUCUGAAUUUCGUUGUUUUUGUGUGUUUCUCUGCUCAGGUGUGGAAGCAGAAAGGGGAGGAGUACAGGGUGACAGGUUACGGCGGCUGGAGCUGGGUCAGUAAGACUCGUGUGCCACGUUUUGUUCCAAGGUUACCUGGAAACACAAACGUAAACUACCGCAAAGAACUGGAGGGUAAGAACAAUGCAAAAAUAAACACCUCAGUGUAUUCUUCUGCUUCUGGUGCUUUAUGCUCACAGUGUGAUUUUCUUUCUAGCAGCUAGGUUGAGAAAGGAAGCUGCAGAAGCUUGCAAAAAUAAGCAUGAAAAUUCUGCAGAGGCUAAGAAGGAACCGACUCCAAAAGCCGCAGCGGAUGAGCAGAAGGAUCAAGCUCCCGACGCCGCAAUUUGUCAGAGUACUACAUCAGAGGAGGACAGCAAACCUCAGACCUCCACAGAAGAAGAAAAACCUGCAGAAGAAGAACAGCAGGGUAAAAGCACAGAAGAAAAGAGACAAGAUGAAAAGAUGGAGGUUGAAACCUGCCCAGAAACUUCUGGUACAAAUGAAGAGAAAGGUGAAUCCCGCUAACCCUUACACAUCUGAUUUUAAUCUUUACAAAAUGUCUUGAAAAGUUUGAUAUUUAUUUGUGAGAGGUCUUACAUGUCAGCCUGUAGUUUGGAUGAGUGUCUCUCUUUCUUUUUUUUUAAAGAAAUCUACAUCUUCUCGUACGGAAAACGAUUAAGGCCACAACAAUAGAAAAAAUAAUUACAGGAGGGAGAUUUUUUUUAAUUUCCAUUUUGUGAUUAAAGUUGAAAUUUCAACAUUAAAGUUGAAAUUUCAAGAUUAAAAAAAUCUAAAUUACAUGAAUAAAGUCGGAAUUAAGACUUAAAACUCAAAAUGUAAAUUUUUUUAUCUCAAAUAUUUGACAUUAUCGACAUAAUUCACAACACGAAAUUUCAACUGUAAUCUUGAAAUUCUGACUUUAAUCUCCUCCAUGUAAUUAUAAUUUCUCUUCAUAUGGCCCUAAUCCUCUUUUGUAGUCUCGUCAGGGUUAUUUCCACUAUCCUUUGCUAAGAUUUUGAUCCAUUUUAAUUUCAUUUUUCCUCCUUCUAUCCUUAUCCCACAAACUAGAUGAGAAAAAUAAUGACUGUGCUGCGUGCCGUGUUGCAGCAGCUGUAGCAAUACUCGGCACUAACACGUUGACCAGGGAUGAUUUUAUUAAAGUUAAAUGUGGCGCGAAUGCAGCAUUAACAGCACUGUAAUAUGUAGGCAUCCGCUACAAGAUGAAAGUUUGGCCGAUUCAAACAGUAGUUAUGAAGCUGUUUGUAAAAUGAUAUAGCAAAGCAUUUAAAGUUUGGAUCAAUGGUUUAACAUCCUAAACUUGUCCUUGUUUUGUGGUCAAACUUUUCUUUGAUUGGGGCUAAAAAAAAGUCUUUAAUUUGAUUUUCUAAAGUGUUUUUCUCUCUCUCCAUUUUUCCUCUUCUACUUUUAACAUUUCCAUUAUCCACUGACCUGUUCUACUUUUUGUCAUAGAUGAAUCUGAAAACCCCUCGCCACCUGUGCAGCCUGCAAAAGAGGAGCCCAUCUUUGAAAGCCAACAACCCAAGAAGGAGGAGCCCGCCGCACCAAAGCCAUACUAUGACGUUGUGAAUGUCAGCGAGGGCUUCCAGCUGCGGACGGCCUACAAGAAGAAGGUAAAGCCCUCCAGACUGGACGGGCUUUUGGAGCGCCGGGUGAAGCAGUUCACCUUAGAGGAGAAGCAGAGGCUGGAGAAGAUGAGACAGGCAGCUCUGCUGGCCAAAAUGGCUGCAGCGAAAUCUCCUCCUGGAGUCAAAACUGAAGGAGGGACGUCAGGCAAACAGCAGCCUGCCGUCACCCCGAGUGUGAAAGAGGAGAAGGACGAGAGCCCUCAAGUGAAGGACAGUGUGGUCAAAAAGCUGAACUUUGAGCAGGAGCAGACUGAGAUAAAGACUGACGUGUCAGACUCGAACCACAACAAACAGACAGAGGGGAACGCUGGGAACGGGGAGGCCUUAGCUCACCAAGAAAUGAAUGGAGGAACUCCAACAAGCACUGAGUUCAACAGUACAAACAACAGUGUGUCAGACGCCAGCAAAGACAAACAGAAGCAAGACGUGGCCCGAGUGGGGGAGAACGCUAAGAAGCGUCCAUAUGAGGACAUUGAGCAAGGCAGCGAGCAGAGCGACACAGAGAGCAUGGAGCAGGAGCAGAGCAGGAGCGGUCUGCUGCAGGUAAACGGGAGAGCUGGGGUUAGCAACUCCGACACAGAAAACCAAGUCCAUAAGGACACUAAAGAGCCUCAGAAAGAGCCUGUGAGGUCUCUCAUGAACGGGACCAUCUCCCAGAAUAACGUGUCAGAUGUUUGUCACCAACCACCGAUAAAAGUCCCGAAGUUAGAGAACCAUGUGGCAGAAAGAGGAGAGGAGAAAACUGAGGAAGAGGCAGUGAAGAGCGAGGCCACAAUAUCUGCAUCCUGCAUAAACAAUAAUGCAUCAGACCAAAACAGCAGCAGUGGAGAAGUGAAGACCUCUCUCACCUCCAACAACUCCAGUGCAGAGUCCCACAAUGCGCUGCCAGCAAACAGCGCAGUCUCCUCUGUUAUUACCUCCUCUAGCAGCCAGCCUGGCUCCAGAGCAGCCCUCCCUCAGAGGACCAAACUCGCCGACACCAAGACGACGUCAACAAGCAGCUCCAUGACGAUCAGUAAGGAGUACUCCACCAGGGACAGGGUCAGCCUCCUCAGGUUCUCCAAGUCCAAAAAAGCGCGUUCAGGAACGGCCCUCCCUUCCUACCGCAAGUUUGUCACCAAGAGCAGCAAGAAGAGCAUCUUCAUCCUGCCUAACGACGACCUGAAGAGGCUGGCGAGGAGGUCAGGUAUCAGAGAGGUGCCCAUCUUCAACUACAACGCCAAACCAGCCCUGGAUAUCUGGCCUUACCCGUCACCUCGGCCCACCUUCAGCAUCACAUGGAGGUUAGUUCUCUUUGAACUGUGGUAGGGUAUCUAACAUUAAUCAAUUUCAAUUUCAAAACUGGAACUUCAAAAUUUACCUGAAUGCAGAGAAGCAAGUUUCUGCGGCUCAAAGUUCACUUGUUCUUAACCCUGGGAAUCAGGGUUCUGUAAUUUCACUCCAGCCCUGCAACCUUGAUGCUUCAAAUAACCCCAAGUCACAUCACACAGCAGCACCUGCAGGCUGGACAGGAUGAAGUCAUUCACACUUGGUGUUAUUUUGACUGUGUCCUCUUCAGGUAUCGUCUCCAGACUGUGAGGUCUCUGGCGGGGGUCAGCCUGAUGCUGAGGCUGCUGUGGGCCUGUCUGAGGUGGGACGACAUGGCAGUGAAGCCCUCUGCUGCGGCAGGAACAACUCGAAAAGGUGAAUAAUUAUGAUCAACUUCAUUUGAACGCCCUCAGCUAUUCAAUAUAUGUUUUUUUUUUUCCAAUUCCCCUAGAUUUUGCCUACUUUGACGAGGUAUUAGGGCCACAUUAAGAAGAAAAAAUAAAAUUAAAAAUUAUAGUCAUUAACUUACAAGAAUAGUCAUAACUAAUGAGAAUAAUCAUAACAAAGUCAUUGGUAACGAGAAUAAAGUCAUAAUAAAGUCAUUAGUAAUGAGAAUAGAGUUGUAAUAAAGUAAUUACUUAGGAGAAUAAAGUCGUAAAAAGUAAAUACUAAAGGGAAAUAAAGUCGUAAUAAAAUCAUUAUUAAUGAGAAUAAAAAGUCGUACUAAAAUCAUAACUUAGGAGAAUAAAGUCGUAAUAAAAUUACUUACGAGAACUAAGUCGUAAUAAAAUCAUUACUUACAAGAAUAAAUAUCAUUUCUCACGAGAAUAAAAAGUCGUAAUGAAGUAAUUACUAAUGAGAAUAAAGUCGUAAUAAAAUAAUUACUAAUGAGAAUAAAGUCGUAAUAAAAUAAUUACUAAUGAGAAUAAAGUCGUACUUAAAUCAUUACUUACGAGAAUAAAGUCGUGAUAAACUCAUUACUUACGGGAAUAAAAAGUCGUAAUAAAAUCAUUACUUACAAGAAUUAAGUCCUAUCCUGUUGUUUAAGAUAACAGUUGCUGAAAUGAGCCAUGAAGCAUUUUGUGAAACUGUACUUCAAUAUUUGUUUCUCAAACAAGGAGAUACUUAAUCUUUUGGCACAUCUGCACCACAUUAUCAUAAGUAGCCUGUCAUAAUGAUUUUAGUACAACUUUAUUCUCUUUAGUAAUGACUCUAUUCUCGUAAAUUAACGACUUUGAUCUCGCAGUCUUUAUGGGCCCUAAUACUAAUACUCCAUCGUAGCCUACUGAUAUAUUAAUACAGGGAUACUAUGAUCUGUUUGAUUGUCCUCACAGAAACCACAGACACAGACAUCAUCACAACAGAGAUCAUAAAACGACGAGAUGUGGGGCCAUAUGGUAUCCGCUCCGAGUACUGCAUCAGGAAGAUCAUCUGCCCCAUCGGAAACAGAGACACCCCCAAAGGUAACGUCCAAACCUUCUGUUUAAAUCUUGUCACAAACCGAAAUAGCAUUUAUUUAAUAAGGAUGAUAAAUACUUUAAUUCUCUUUUAUAAUGAGCAGAGACCCCCACUCCACAGAGGAAAGGCCUGCGCUCCAGUGCCUUGAGGCCCAAAAAGCAGGAGCCAGCCAAGCUAACGGGGCCUGUGGCUGUGGAGUCGUGGGUGGCUGAGGAGGAGCUGGAGCUGUGGGAGAUCAGGGCCUUCGCAGAAAAGUGAGAAACUUACAGGGAGCCUCGUCAAACAUAAAUGUUCACAGGAUAGAGCAGCAGUUGAACAUUUUCUCAUACAUCUUUUUUUACAGAAUGGAGAGAGACAAGUCACAGGGGAUCGAUCCCUCCAAGAGCCUGAAAACAGCUGAGGACGUCAAGGCUCAUCUGGAGAACCAGCUGAGACAGGCCAGGCUGGCAGCACAGCAGGUAUAAACACGAUACCACAGGUGGUUUCAAGACUUUAAAAUGUGGAGGAUAUAUUUCUUCAUUCCUUAAGGAUCACUUAAAGUUAUUAAAAGAUCAGUGAUGCAAGAAACAAUGAUGAUGUAAAGUUUAUUAUUCCUGUAUUUUGUAAACUGCAGCAACACAAUGUGGAAGAAAAAUCAACUUUUUUUUUAUACCAGGAUGGUUCUAGUCAAAGAUUCUGUUGGACUGGAAGUAUUCAGGUUUCCGUUUGCAGUUAGGAUUGGUUUGUUUACUGUCAGCAGAGAUAGGCUGAAAGAAGGAGAGCAGUCUGUGACACCAGCAGGGGCUUCAGGGAAACACUUUGGGCUUCUCGCUUCCUGUUUCCUAAUUUAACUAAACCAUAUUCAGGUUAGAGUGAGUGCAAACUGAUCAACAAACUAGUGAUAAUUUCAUCUGCUAUUGUAGAUUUGGUUUAAAUUGAAGUUUUUGGAUCAAAAUACUUUUCAGUUUAAGGCACAUUUUGGCCUUUUUAUAGUAUAGUUGAAGUUUAAUUUGAGUAAUUCCUGCCACAUGUGAUCCUUGGAACACUUUUAAUUGUGUUAUAACUUAGCCUUGAUUCUCCCACAAUGCAAUGCUGCUGGGCUGUCCUCGGGAAGGGCAUGCUGACCUGCUGUGUGCAAAAGCCCUUUUAAAAAAACUUGGAAAAGACUAUCAAAAUACUUAAAGUCCCACUACGAUCAUUUUUUUUUUUUUAACUUCUCAGUCUUUACUAAAAAUCACAUUACCUGUGUCAUUUUCAAGGCUUUUCUCUCACAGAGCUCCAGUCGCUCAUUAGCAAUUCGCCUCUGAGUCGUGGGCAGAGACAGCGCUGUUCUGUACACUCAUCUUUACCCUAGCUUGUAGUCUAACAUUGCCGGUGUAGUAGAAGUGGCAGGUAACAUAGACGCUAUUCAGCUCUCCUCAGCUCGGACACUAAUGUCUUAAGGCACACUGCUUGUUCCACAAUCGUCCCCUCUAUUUCUCCUCUAUAUGCAUAGCGGGGCUCCAAGGGCGGAGCUUGCAUUGGUUACGUAUGAUAUUUCACUGUUUCUGAACCUUUGGGUUUGGGUCUGCCAGUGACUCACAAUGAUUUGAAUGAAGAAAUACUCAGAAAAGCAAUUUCACAUUUAGUUUUCUCAUGAUAUGUAUGUAGCAUCAGAAAAAUGCCAAAUGAACCUAUAAAAAACAAGAAAAACAUGAUUUUAAUGGGAGUGGGUCUUUAAAGUGUAUCCUGCGCUUCUGUUUUAGAAACGUCUGGAGCAGCCAAGGCCAAGCACACCUGGCUCCACUUUCACAACAACCACCAGCUCCACCUCUUCCAGCACCCUCAACACCCCAUUGUCCACAAACCAGAGGACGGGUCAGGUCACACCAGGAACCAAGAUGGUUCUGGCCUCCAAACUGGGCUCUCCAGUCUCCUUCCAGCAAGAUAAGAACUUCCAUCAGUCGUUUGCUUCCUGGGUCAAGCAGGGUCAGAACAACAAAGACACCAGCUCAGGUAAGACAGUCGUGGACGUGGAAACAACUCCAAUCAAGCGCUUCAAAUCCACAAUGUCAUCCAACUUUUUAUUUAAGAGUCACAGUUUGUCUUUUUGUUUUGUUUCGGGUUUUUUUCAACAUACACACUAAAGUCCUGGUAUUAUUAUAAAUAGGACUAUGACACAUUUCUUCCAAGGCUUUAUAAUUUAGUUGUGAUGUUUUGAGUAAAUAUUGAGAGGAAUUUAAAAGACCAGUAUUCAGUUUGUGGACAGGACCCAUAUAAAGGCUGGGAUCUUGUCCUGUGUGAGUCAAUAAAAGCAGGUUUCCAGUUAUCAUCCAGGGCUGUGCACUCUCAUCCCUUUGGUGCGUAACUCUAAUACCACCAGCUCUCAGCAGAUGGUAAAAAACACCAGUAGAAAAAGGGCACAUUUUGCUCCAAAUAAACGUAUAAGAAUCGUUUCAGUGUUUGCAAACAAUACUGGUGCACAGAGAUGCUGUUUGCUCUGCAGCACACGCAGAGUUUGUACAGAUUUAAUGGGUGCAAAAGAGUACCUCCCUUUGUUCUUCAUAUGAACAUUUAUACCGUUCAGUCUCAGAGAAUAUGAUAUAACAUCCUGCGCUUUGUACAGGCCUGCCUUAUAUAAAAGUCUGGUACCUUCUGCAGUGUUUGCAGUAAAGGUCUCCAUCUUCAUUUGAGGAUUACUGUAAGUACUUGGCAAAGGAGGGUCUACAGGUCUUCAUCAUGUUAGACAAAAAUACCCCCACAGUUUAUUUAUUUCCUUUUUACCUUGUUUUAAAUUUUUUUGUUCAGGCAUGAACCUCCACAACCUUUUUUUCUGUGUCCUUUUUCCACGUUAUGUGAUUGGCGAGCUAAAUUGACUUUAUGGUUCGUGGUGUCCACUCCAAGUCCCGUUCAAACUAUACUUUGAGCCUUUUGAGGUCUUGAUAAGCUGAAGAUAACAGAGAGCUUUUGCUGAAUAUAAACACCCGGACUAACAUACCGUUCCAGUGUUUAAAAACCUGAGCCCAUUAGUUGCCUCAAACCUUCCAGUGGACACUACAGCCAUACACCAGCUGUUCUGGUUCCCCUUUGCGGGUGUGCGUGACUGCAGGUGGCAUGGUGUGUCUUGCAGCCUCCACCACCUCAGAGCAAACCUUCCAGAUUGCUGGCAGCCCAGUGACUGUGGCUGGCCAAGUCCUCGCCGGCAAACUCCCCCUGCCCGCCAACAGCAAGAUUGUUACGCUCAACAUGCCCACCAAUCAAGGAGGUAGGCCGCACGCGUGUCAUCCAUUUCAGCUGGUUUGGGCUCACGCGUGACGAAUGGAUGCCUAAAGCAUGGAGGACAACAACCAUGUUUCAUUUAUUUGUCUAUACUGUGUGGAAAAAAACUUGGAUGGCACUUUUUUUUAUGCAGACCACAACUUUUCUUUUGCUUUUUGGAUAUUUUUUAAGAUUUCUGUUUGAACCAGGACACUUCCAAAAAGAAACCCCACAGACUGAGCAUGCCUCGCCACAUCCUUGCAUGUUGUUGCGUAUUUUCUCCAGCAUAUUGGCCUCUUUUCUUAACAGAACUGUUCCCAUAAACAGGUGGAGUGCAGCAGAAAGUCCUCGGCAUAUUCCCCUCUGGACCUCCUGCAAACCUAAGGACCUACAGCACUCUGCAUCCUACGACCGGCAAUAUCAACCUCAGAGCCUCCACCUCUGCCUCAAACACGCAGCAGCAGGUAUUUACACACAACAGCUUUCACUCAGAGGUAAAGGAAAUUUUAAGCACACAAGUGAUGGUUUGAUUGCGGGCGUUUUGUUCCAGGCCAUCCCAGCAGGAGGCCAAACUCAACCUGGCACAACAAUGAGCCAGUCAGCGUCUCCAUCUACCUCUGUGAAUUCAGCGAUGGUCAGAGGUCAGACUCAACAAGGUGAAAUAUCCUCCCGACUCUUUCAGUCCACAGAUGACUCAUAUUUGAUGUGACUCACAAACAUCUCUCUCCGCUGUAGGUCCACCUCAGCAGUCUGUGACUCCCAUGGGCCCGGCUCAGCCUGGAUCCACACCUGUGGCUGGUUCUACACCUGUAGCUCAGAGAGCAGCAGCUACUGCGCCAGCGACAGCAGCACCUGGACAGACACCUGUAGCUGCCCCCCAAACUCCCAGACCUCAGCAGGGUCAAGUUAAACUCACAAUGGCUCAGCUCAUGCAGCUCACACAGGGGGCUCAGGUGAGGACACACUGCAUAUCUCUAUAUCUACCUCAUUCUCCUCCUGCAUACUGUCCUUUUUCUGGGUCUAACUGACCUUAGCAUAUAUAUGUGUUAUAUACCAUAGUGGGAGAAUGAAGGCUCAGUAAACCUCUGCAGGUUUUCAGAGUUCAUGAGCUGAUUUGAGUUUUUUUCAGGGCUGAAAUACCCUACAAGAAUCUGGAUUUUUCCACUAAAAAUGAACUUUUUACGACCUAUUAAGUAUCGCAGUUAUUUGUUUUACAAUGUUUAAAUCGAUUUUUUUUGUUCAAAAAUCUAUUUUUUUUAAUCAAAUUUAAGACUAAAUUUUAAUAAAUGACUUAGAUGUGCUGUGUAUAAAAUCCAGGCCAAAAAUCGAGAAAAUCAACAAUAUUGUAGAAUUGCAAUUUAAAUCAAAUCGGCAUCCAAAAAAUCGUAGAAGAAUUGAACCAAAAAUUAAACUAAAAAGUUUAAGAUCACUUUGUCUUUUACUCUCCAGGGGGGAAACCCAGGUCUGACGGUGGUGAUCCAGGGUCAGGGUCAGACCCAGGGACAGCUUCGAAUCAUCCCGCAGGGUGUCACGGUCAUCCCCGGUCCUGGCCAACAGCUCAUGCAGGCAGCCAUGCCAAACGGCCAGGUGCAGCACUUCCUCUUCACACCCAUGCCUCCGUCAUCUUCCGUUUCCACCUCAGCACCAGCUUCUGCUCCCCCAGCAAAGCCCACCAUCACGCAGACUCCUCCAACCCAAAUCUCAUCCCCAGCUCAAGCCAGAGUUCCUGCACAAGUCCAGACAACUCCCUCAUCUCUUGCCCAGACUCAAAUGGCAGCACCCUUACCUGCCCCAACACACAUGCCUAGUUUGGCUCCCUCCCCGGCCUCGAUCUCUGCUCCUGUUCCAGCAGCCCAGGUCUCAAUGCAAUCUCAAGUUUUAGCAGCACCCCCUGUAUCAGUCCAAGCCCAAUCCCAGAUAUCCAGUCCUGUUCCUCCCCUGCCACGUGUUGCAGCCCGCACCUCCACACAGUCUUUAUCCCCCACACUGGCCUCUGUGCCUGCACAGCCAGUGGUAAGACCUGUAUUCCCCCAGCAGAUUCAAGCCCCCAAUGCAGCCCCAGCCAUGGUUCAAACCCAAGUCUCCACUCUUACCCCAGGUGUAUUCCCCACACAAACCCAAACUGCAGUGUCGCUUCCUCUCCAGAGACCGGCUGCACCUCAGCACCACCCCCAUACUUUCAACUCCACCGCUGCUUUGACCUCAGCCCCAGUCCAGAUGCACGUUUCGGCUCCGGCCCCUGCAUUUGCCCCUCUAUCAGGACCCUCUAACUCCGCCCCAUUACCUGCGUCUUCCUCUCUUCCCUCGCCGGUCCAAGCGCCCACCCCUGCGCUCGCUCCUGUCUCUGCUCCUGUCAUAGCUGUAGUGUCCACACAGAUUCAUGUCCCUCCCCCAGGCAGAGCUUUGACCCAAAUCCAGACCACCGCCCCUGUUCCUCUUCAUGCUGCAGUGGCGAAUGCUGUCGUCACGCCUGUCACAGCCACCUCUACAACACCUUCAGUGCCAGGUAAAGAACACAACUGUUCAUACAUACUGUGAUGUUAGCUUGCAUGUCAUUUUGUAGAAUGGAACAGGAUGUCUGUGUUGUCAUUGUACAUGUACAACAAACUGAGUGCAGCCCUUCUUAGUGUAAAUAAGAACAUUAAACAGUAUGUGAAAAUAUAAACAUCACAUGAACACAAAACAUAAAAAACAUACACAGGGCUUUCUUUUUAAUUAAUUUAUUUUAUUUUAAUUUUUUAUUGUCGUUAUUUUUAUUUUUAUAUUUUUUAAUAAUUAUUUCUAUCUAUUUUUAUUAUUAUUUAAUGUUUUUAUGUACUUGUUUAUUUAUUAGCAUUAUUAUUUUUUUUAUUAUCAUAAUUUUUAUUAUAAUCAUUAUUAUUUACUUUUAUUUUUUCGAUAUUUUUUUCUUUCAAUUUUAUUUAUUUAUUUAUAAGCCUGUAAACCUUUAAUGCCAUUGAAAAUGGUCCAGGUAUUCACCACUCUGUGAGAGACCGCGUGAACAAAUAGUUCAGCAAUUUUAGAAUAACUCGUGAGAUUGCAAAGAAUUUUGGGGUUUCAUUAUCUGUUGUACAUAAUAUACUUUAAAAACUCAAAGACUGUUGUUUAAAAAACUAGAUAUGGACGUCCCUGAUCUUGGGCCACACUUUAGUCUUGCUGUGAUUUCAUUAAUAACAAUUUUGAUAUUCUUUAGGAAAUCACUGAUGCCAGAUUUUUAUUUAUUCAUUUAUUUUGCUUUAAAGAGGUCUGUUAUUGGCUCACAGCUCAAAAGUCAUUAUCUGAUGGUAUAGGGGUGCAAAUGUGACCAUGACAUGGGUAUCUCACACAUCUGUGGAGGCUCCAUUACUGCUAAUCAAUAUGUACAGAUAUAAUCAUGCUGCCCUCUAAAAAAAAUCUAUUUGUAUAGUUUUGCAUCCAUGCUCGGUUGUAGAUUAAUUUUCAGUUCAUUGCAUCUCUUUGUUUCUCGGUCCUGUCGCAGCUCUGACGGAGCAGAGAGCAGCUCAGCCGCAGGUCUGGGCUUCGGUCUCGUCUCAGGCUCAGACUCCACCUCAACAGGCUGCAGCUUCAGUCCAGACCCCGACCCAGGCUCCUCUACCCACCUCUGCUCCCGCACCAGUAUCCACACAUUCAACCGUCACCCCUCUUCCUCAAGCUGCUCUUCCUCCUCAAGCUCAAGUCCAAGUCCAGCACCCGAGUGUGGUGUCCAUGCAGCAGGUGUCUCAGAUCCCAGUCUCAGCAGUCCAGGUUCACAUGAGGGGGAUACCUGUCUCUUCAGUUGUUACGACAAUGAGACCCCCGCAGCCUCAGCUUCAAACCCAGCCCACCACUCAGCUUCAGCCCCAGCAUCAAACCCAGAUCUGUGCUCAGAUUCAGGUCCAGCCCUUCAGCCAAGUCCAGCAGAUACAGGCCCAAGCACAAGCCCAGAACCACCCCCAGGUCCGAGUUCAAUUUGAGCCCCACACUCAGCAGCAAACCCAAGUCCAACCCCAACCUCCCAAUCAUCCUCAGGCACAGUUCCAGUCCCCAAACCAAACCUUGCCCCAGGUCCAGGUCUCAGCACAGUCCCAGCUCCAAUCCAGGGUCCAACCUCAGUUUCACCCCCAGGGACAAGCCUCAUUUCAAACCCCGACUCAAACCCAGCCCCAACCUCAGGUCCAACCUCCACCACAUGUUCAGUCUCAGGCCCAAACUCAGCUCCAGACCCAAAUCCAGACCCAGAUCCACCCCCAGGUUCAGGUCCAGUUCCAACAGCAGAGCCAGAUUCACCAACAGACUCAGGCCACGUCGCAACAACCUCAGACCCUCGCUCAGUCACAGGUCCAAGCCCAGCCCCAGUUUCAGGUCCAGUCACCUCAGCAGACCCAGGUUCAACCACAGCUUCAGGUCCAAGCCCAACCCCAAGUCCAGGCUAAACUCCAAGUCCAGUUCCAGCCUCAGAACCAAACCCAACUCCAAACGCAGCCUCAGCUUCAGGUCCAAUCUCCCAUCAGGCAUCAGCUCAUCACCGUUCCAGGCCUCCAGCAGCCGGUCCAGCUCCUCUCAGCUCUGCCCCCUCACGUCGCUGCCCAGAUUCAAGCUCAGAUCCAGGCCCAGGCCCAGCAGCAGGGGGGCACCAUCCCCCAGCAGAUCAAACUGCAGCUGCCUAUCCAGAUCCAGCAGGCUGGGGGGCAAAUUCAGACCCACCAGAUCCAGAACAUGGUGACCAUACAGGCCCCGGCGAGUGUCCAGGAGCAGCUUCAGAGGAUGCAGCAGCAGCAACAACAACAACAACAACAACAACAGCAGCAGCAACAGCAACAACAACCACCAAAACCAAAGAAGAAGAAAAAUCUGGAGAGUAAAAGGGAACAGAAAGAGCAGAAUCUGCAGAGUGUCAGUCCCGGAGAUGGCAUCCAAAAACAGGUGUGACUCAAAUUUAAUAAAUCAAAGUGAUUCAGCGCUGAGAUUCUGUCAAUAUUGACGGGAAGUUUCUGUUUUUUUAAGGUGGUGAUGAAGCAGAAUUCUACCGCAGAGCAGCUGAAACAGAGGAAGAGCCUGGCUGCAGCUGAGCGAGAGGAGAAUCAGAGGUUCGAGCGUUUAUAGAUUUGAGAACUUAAGGUCCUUUAACACCGGGACCGUUUUUGUCAUGCGAUUAUUUUGGACGUCAAUAUUUUUUUUUCGAACCUGUAUCCUGUCAAUACAAGCGUUCACAUCAGCAAGGUUUUCCCAUUCUGCCAUAUUGCGGCAUUUAUUUUUUCAGAUCAUGGUCGAUUUUUUUUAAGUUUUGCAUUCUGUGUGUCCACUUUUGACUAAUCAGAUUGCGUGUCGUUGCGACAUCUGAUUCACCGGUAUAUCCAACAUGGCCGAUCGGCUGAUUGUUUACGUGUCUGAGAACAGAGUGCUUUAUGACAAAAAACACAAAUAUUACAAAGAUAACGACCUGAAGGACAACUUGUGGAGAGUCAUAGCGUUGGAUCUCUCAUAUGACGAUAGUUUGUGUGCUUUAUCAGUUUGUUAAACGUCUUUGUUUUAACUUUCAUCUGUGCUAACAUAUGCUAACGGUUGUUAGCAUUGUUUCAUGUGCUUAUCUUAUUGCCUCUGAUUGGCCAUAAGUGCUGACUGUUUGGCUUGAGCGUGUGAUGACGUUUCCAACUUUACUAGCCAAUCAGAGGCGAAGGAGGCGGGACCUUCCCCCGGCUUGAUGUGUAUAGUCAGGCGCGUCAAAAUUCGCCUAAAUAUUUCGUGAUUUUGCGUUCUAUAGUCGCGUCGGCCCCAGUGUGUAAGGGAUUUUACACAUGUUUAGGACGAGGAUAGUAAAGAGAUAAGAUGGAUCAUUUUCUCAACAAGAAGGCACCAAUUUCCACUUAACCUAAAGUUCUUUACAGGAGCUUUAAGUGGCAUGAAACAAUCUGACAUUAAAGCUUCAUUUCUCUUCUCUGCUGAUCUCCUCGCUUUGUUUUCAGAAUGAUAGUGUGCAACCAGGUGAUGAAGUUCAUACUUGACAAGAUCGAGAAGGACGAGAAGCAGGCAGCUAAGAAGAGGAAGAAGGAGGAGGUGGUGGAGCAGAAACGCUCCAAACAGAACGCCACCAAACUGACGGCGCUGCUGUACAAGCACAAAGAGCAGCUGAAGGCCGAGAUCCUGAAGAAGAGAGCCCUGCUGGACAAGGAGCUGCAGCUGCAAGUGCAGGUAAGAGCUGCAGCGAGAUGUUUAUUUCAGUCAGGAGACAUGCAUGUAAACACCCAGGAGUUCAUACACAAUGUGAACGGGGUCUAAGAGAGACACAUUUACAUCUUUACCUGCCAUAUUUUCUCUCUUUUUCAGGAGGAGCUGAGGCGAGACAUAGCCAGGUUGCAGAAAGAGAAGGAGAGAGCCCGAGCUGCCAUCGCUCAGGCCGCCGCAGCAACCGUCAAGUCCUCCGCCGCUUCCCACUCCUCCCAUCCCUCCCUUUCCACACAUUCCUCCCACAGCACCCACACAUCGCCUUCACCCUCCUCGUCCCACAAAAAAAAGAGAGAAGAGGAGAGGGACAGAAACAGAGACAGAGACCGGGACCGACACCACGACAAGGACAAGAAAAGGGAGCGAGAUAAAGAGCGAGACAGAGAGAAAGAGCGAGACAGUGAGCGAGAGAGGGAGAGAGAGAGGGAGAAGGAGAGACAUCGGGACAGAGAUAAACAUCGGGAAAGGGAAAGGGACAGAGAUAAAGACAGAGACCGGGACAGGGACCGAGAUUCAAGUUCAUCCAAACACAAGAAGAAGAAGAAGAAGCUCUCUUCUACCUCAAAGGACCACAAAAAAGACAGCAAACUGUACUGUGUCUGCAAAACGCCCUACGACGAGUCCAAGUGAGUGACUGUGGUCAUGACCGUGGUUCUUCUUUUAUGAUUAACACAUUUGCUUUAAGAGUGGUAGAAAUAAAUCUGAAUUGUGGUUCCUCAGGUUUUACAUCGGGUGCGACCUGUGCUCCAACUGGUUCCAUGGCGCCUGUGUGGGCAUCACAGAGAAAGAGGCGAAGAAGCUGGAGGACUUUGUGUGUAAUGACUGCAAACGUGGUCAAGAGGGAGGAAGCAACGAGGAGUUAUACUGCAUCUGCCGGACACCCUACGACGAAUCACAGUAAGACUUUCUAAUGGAUAUCAUGACUGUCAUAACUGUUCGCUGCAUUUAUUUUGCAUUUCUGUCACUCUUUUGUUGUUGACUAAUGCAAUUGAGACCCUACAACCCAGCUAGAAUGAAAAGUAAAGAACUUCAGGUUGAUCUUGAGGAAUUUUUCCAAGAUCACAAAAGCCUGCUUAGGUGAGAGAAGAAACAAAACAGCUAACUUUGAUUGAAAAGGAGUGCCAGUCGUGCAACACUGACAUCCUACAGAGCCAAAUCGGUGAUUAUAUUCCAAAGUCCUCCACUGAUGUGAUGCUCUGACCAAUCAGCAAAAUUUUCGUAGUCCUUUGGCAAAAACGUUUGUUUGAUUUUCCAAAACUUUCAGGGGUUCUUCCAAAAAUGUCCACGAUUGUGCAAAAUUUCUUAAGAUGUUGCAAAAAAAAUUCUUCAGAUCCUGCCAAUAAUAUCUCAAGAUAGUGCGAAUGUUUCUUAAAAUCCCAUUUAAAUGUCCCUCAGGUCUUGCAAAAGUUUCCUGGGAUCCUGCGAAAAAAUAUAUUGUGGGAUAUUGCAAAUGUUACUUGGACACUUGCUGAAAUGAUCCUCAGGGUUUUUUUUAUCUUUUAAAAAUGUCCUUUAGUCUUCAAAAUUUUUUCUUAAAUUCUCCAAAUCUUUCACAAUGCUUCUUUGAACCUUGCUUAGUGUUCCAGUGGGAUCUUGAAAAUUUUUUGCUGGAAUCUAACAAAAAAGGGGGAAACCAGCAAAAAUUUUUCAAGAUCCCACUAAAAAAAGAAAAAAAAAAAAAACAAUGUUUCCUUUAUGUUAUUUUCCACAAGAAUUUCUUUUAACCUGACGAAGGUUCCUUUGAAUCCUGUAAAAACUUAAAAGGAUUUUUCAAAGAAUUUUUUUUAAUCUUGCAAAUAAUACAACAUUUUUUUGAGUCUGUAAAACUUGUUUGGGAUCAGCCCGUUUUAGUCCUCCAGGUCCCUCCUGGGGCUGCAGACAUUUGACUCGAUUUGCUUGUAAAACUGUCUUUCAGUCUUUAUAAGAAACUUAUUUUAUUGAACAUUUCUCUUGUGAAUUUUUUACGUCUGAUCUAAUGAACGGUUUGCCUUUGACCAACAGAUUUUACAUCGGCUGCGACCGCUGCCAGAACUGGUAUCAUGGGCGCUGCGUGGGCAUCCUUCAGAGCGAGGCCAAUCACAUCGACGUGUACGUCUGCCCACAGUGUCAGUCGACGGAAGACGCCAUGACGGUCCUCACACCUCUCACGGACAAAGACUGCGAGGGGUUGAAGAGAAUACUACGCUCAUUACAGGUCUGUACAUGGAAAACUUGAUAAUAUCAGAUCAAAAUAUGGAUUUAGUCAAAUAAAAAGUGCUGAAAGGUUAUUUUUUAAAUUUUUAUUCUUUGACCUGUUGACUUUUCUCCUUUAAACAGUCUCAUAAAAUGGCGUGGCCCUUUCUUGAACCAGUGGAUCCCCACGAUGCGCCAGAUUACUAUCGCGUUAUCAAGGAGCCGAUGGGUAAGAAAACUUUGGGAGGUUGACCUUUGUGUGAGACAUAUUUGUAGGUUUUUGUCUGUGCUGAGGCAACAAGAGAAAAUGUUACUUUUUUAAGAGCAUCACAAGGUUAUUAUCUGUAAUAUUCAUGUCAUAUUUGACAUUAUAGCAAAUGUGAAGUUCAUGCUGUUUCGCUCUCUCACUUCACCAAUGACUCUUUCCCUCACAGAUUUUUCCACGAUGGAAACACGCCUGCAGAAGCGACACUACCACAAGCUCACAGAGUUUGUGGCUGACGUGACCAAAAUCUUCGACAACUGCCGCUACUACAACCCCAACGACACGCCCUUCUUUCAGUGUGCCGAGGUGCUGGAAGCCUUCUUUGUACAGAAGCUGAAAGGUUUCAAAGCGAGCAGGUGAGGACAGGCGCUCCUCUUACUCCCUCUCCCUCUGAAUCCCUCUCUGGUUUUCCUCAAUUGUGUUUAUAAAUCUUAAACUGUGGCGUCAGUCUCAUUUCUUCCUCCUUUCAGUCACUUCUUCCUUCAGUUUAUCCCGCUGGCAUGUGUAUAAAAGUGCUCGUUGCAGUAGAGUCUCCCUCAUUGUAGAGUAGAGUUUGCUGUCACAUGGUUUAAACUGUUGCUUGCACUAAACCCAACAUGGCUGCUCGAUGUUAAGACAUUCUGGCCGUUGUCUUAACAGAAGUUCGUGCUGUGUUACAUCUGCACCGGGUCUCACCUUGCAUUUGUGUCUGUUCAUCUGUGCUGCAUGCCUUUUGAUUUACUCCAUCCCAUUUUCUUCUGUCUUGCAGAUUGUCAGAUUCUUAAGGGGGCCAGUCUAGCUGGAGUCUGGACUGGAAGCUGGGGUCUCUAAUGAUAAUGUCAUGGAAGCUUUUUCUUUGUUUCCAGAGCAGCAGAACUAAUCUUGAAAUAAGAGAGAAAUCAGAAAAACACACACCAAAUGUGCUUUCACUGAAACGCCACCAAUUUUGAUACACCGCCUCAAAACAGCAGCCAUGUUGAUGCGUUCAUAUAUGCGAUUUUCUUUAAUCUGAGCUUUUUCAUCCAUCGUAGCUUGGAUGAGUUCUAGCUUCUGACCAUGUGUUCACUAGACUUGAGAAAAUAUACAAAGCAGCAUAUUUUAUUAUGGAGAUAUUUAUGAGGAGUUUAGCGUGUUACAGCCUUUAAGUUUGAUCUAGCUGGUUGUUAAUGUACAUACUUUUUAUCAUGUACAAAAGUUGUAAGAUAUAUCUAAAUCUGUAUUUGAAUGUUUUAAAUGAUUAUGAAGCAGAUCAUUUUAGAUAGUAUUAUUUUAUGAGACUAAACUCUACUUCAGAGAGGGAAUGACUUAACGUCAUCAUGCUCCUCGCUUCACAAAGUAACCUCAGUUUGUAGCUGAAAAAAAAACCAAGCAUUCCCCGUUAACUCCAUCAACAUGGCUGCAGGAUCCUCCACCGUCUCCUUUGCAUCUUCUCUGUCUGUCUGUUCAGAUGUCAAAAACAUAAACAAAACUGCACUCUCCCUCUCUCCGCACUCUGUAGGUCUCAUAACAACAAGCUACAGUGCUCUUCAGCCUCUUAGAAAACAUUGCACAUUGCUCAAACAAAAUGCACUUGCCAAGAAAAAUGGCUUUACUGAACUGACAGACUCUGCCUCGUCCUGUGUAUCGGGGAUCUGCUCCUCUGACCGUCGGCGCAGCCACCUCUGCUGCUUUCUCACAAACCCGAUCAGGCAGAGCCGCUGUCUGGGGGACCUUUGUUUUGGACCCGUCUUCAUCAGUGGGACUGUACUGGGGAGCGCCAACAACUGAGGUGUCUCAGAAGAAAGUUUACCUCGGAGAAAAGACUCUCAUGGAGCUCUCAUAAUUCCACUUUCUUUACUUCUUGAAAUCAGUCUUUUUAUUUUUUACUUUCUUGAUAAAAUCCCCCUCAGACCAUCCUUGUGGUCAUCAAGUCCAACGAGAAAUAGGAAAUAGAAUACCGACAAAUAAUGGCUGAGUUUUACUGAGCAUAAUGCAUCAAAGUCUACAUUUUUUCUUCCAUUUCCACUCAUUGUUUAGUCUGAAGUGGCAUGAACGACACUUGUACUAAAUAUGUGGACAUCAGUAGUCUGCUUGGUUAAACUUGUAUAACCUACUGAAAGUACAGUAAUAAGCUAUUGUAAAUGAUGUGCUCUGCAGUAGUGACUGACUGACUGAGAAGGAAAAAACAAUGUAUUUGAAGGUUCCUGCCCUGUUUGUAAAAAAUUUGUCAGAUUUUGACUGGAUUUCUUUUUCUUUUUUUGUAUUACAACUGAAGAAAUAUUGAUGUAUAUGGAACUUAAUAAAAUGCAAAAGACUCACUACUUCUUUCUAGAUUUGUGAAAGGCAAAUGUUUUAGGAUUCAUGUUAGCAGAAUAAUCAGGGUAAAACUAGGGCAAAAUGUGAUGGAAGGCUGAUUGAAUUAAUCAUGCUUAAACUUUUCUGAAGUUUCAACUGGCUAUGAAAAAAGACUUAAAUUAAGAGCGAUGGCCUCUAAAUCAACACGGGCCAGAAGUUCCUUACUGGUGCUUUAAGUCCG